UUCAGUUCUCUCUCUCUCUCUCACACACAUGCACACGCACAGACACGUACACACACAUGCAGUUGUUGAUGAAACAUGGGUCACUGAGCACCUGAUAAUAACAGUCUGGUGCCCACCACCAUGUUGUUCUGGAUGUUUUUUGUCUGGCUGCAAACUUCUUGGAUUUUGGCCCAAGACAUUGGGCCAUCUGUCCAGGUAUCGGAGAAAGAACUCCAACUUUUGGCUUUGGAAAAUGACCCAAAGUGUUUUACGAGAACUGACUAUGACUUCACAUGCUUUUGGGAGGCCAGAGAUGGACACUCUUAUAAUUUUUCCUAUGCUAUAGAUGAUGUCUCAGAGACUAAGUCACAGUGCAAUCUAACUCAGUGGACAACGGCAAGCGGCACCGUCCUACACAUCUGCUUCUUCCCACGCUCCCAUGUCUUACUCUACAUCCCCAUCACCAUUAAGGUGGUGGAUGCGCUCACCAACAUGACAGUCUUCCAGCGGGAGAUAAGUAUAGAUGAAACAGAAUUACCAUACCCUCCGAACAACAUCUCGGUUGAAAAAACUGGGAAAGCUGAGCAACUGCUGGUGAGGUGGAAGGCAAAUAAGCAUAAGCAGUAUGAGGUCCGAUACUUCUCCCAGACAGAGCCUGAGAGGAGAAAAGUGAUAGACCAUGAUAAUGCUGUGCUGACAUCCUUGGUCUCUGGAGAAGUGUACUGUGUUCAGAUGAGAGUCAAGUCCAGAAAGAAAGGAUACUGGAGUGAUUGGACCGAACCUGUCAUGGCCAUGGUCCCUCAAAAAGCAGAGGAUACGGGGUUCCUGUGUUACACCUCUGACCUGAACAGCAUCCAGUGUCAGUGGACCAAGCAAGCCCAGAUCAAUGGCAGUGCCAGCAACGAGGUGGUCACCAUCUUCUACAGAGAAAAAAAUAGCAGUAGAUGGGGAAAUUGGACACUUUGUACUAAGAACCACGGAAGCACCCUGAGCUGCAGCUUUAAUGGACAGCAAUCUAGAGCCAUCCAAGUGAGCCUCCAUGCAGGCUCUGGCCCACUCAGUCGAACAUUCUACACGGAGGAAUUUACAAUGCACAACAGCAUUAAGACUGAACCACCGAUGGGGCUCCGGGCGGAGGCAGGACAGAGGCUUCAUCUGCAAUGGGAUUGUCCCUCUGAGAUCCUUGCAAAGCACUUGAUAUAUCAAAUACGCUACCGCUCCAAGGAUGAGAAAGACUGGAAGCACUUUGUAUGGAACAGCUCAAGGACCAGUACAUAUCUACAUGAACAAGCAAGCAGUCAAUACUUCAUCCAAGUCAAAUCCAAGCCCUAUGGUUCUUUCUACGGGGGAUACUGGAGUGACUGGUCUAGCAUGUUAACUGUUGAAGUACCCUCCAACUAUGGCUUGGUGUUCAUUGCGUGUAUUCCUCUUGCGAUCCUUCUCCUAUCGGCUGUGGUUGCCUCUGUGCUUUCACAGUACUUCAGUAAAGUCAAACGGUAUCUGUGGCCACCAGUCCCCAGACUUGACAAGAUACUGGAGAGUUUUCUAGCAGAGGGGCCCCAAUGGGAACCGACAUUCAGCAUUAAGCAGUGUGAUGAUGAAACCCCUGCCUCAGUGCUGGAGAUCCUGUCUGACAACCCUACCAGUUCUGACACCAUUCAGGGGAACACAGUCUGCACCUCUGGCCCUGAAACAGGCUCCUACAAUUGGGUCGCUCAGAAAGAAGUCGGUGGUCCAGUGGUAGAGGGUUGUGUGGAAGCUGGCCGUGACUAUGUGACCCUGACCAGCGAAAUCAUCCCUUGUCUCCGCGGCAAUGAGUAUGUGUACGAUGACAUAUCGGUGUCGUGCUCGGCGGAGAUGCAAUAUCACUGCACAAACACACAAACCCUCACUUCUCCCGCCUCAGGCCUUACCCCAACCAGCAUCUUCAACCUCUCAUAUCAGCUGCUCCACGAGCGCGAAGAAGGCUGGGAGGAUGAGAACGUCACUCAUUACACCAACCUAGAUGCUGCAGUCACGGGCACUGCCUGAAGCCUUCAGACAAAGAUAAAGAAAUCAAAUGUACAGAACAGUAUGAACUGGACAAAACAGCAACCCCAUCCAUUACAAAGCAUUUUGUUUUUGCUGUGGCUCUGCCAUUAACAUGCACCUGGCCUGCAACAUGCACCAGGUGCAAACAUUCCAAUUACAAGUCCUAACACACUGGAUGAAGACAAACGCAAGUGUAAAGUUCCAGAUAUGCCACACACUGUGAUUACUGGUAUUUCUGGAAUUUCCCCUUGGGGAUCAAUAAAGUAUCUACCUAUCUAUCUCUCUAUCUACUGAGAGAAUAACACAUGUAGGGACAGUCUUGUUGAAAUCCAGAACCUUUGUGAUGGGCCUCCUUAGAAAACAUGUUUGUGGGGCAGGCUCUCAGUUGUCCAGUACAUUGUAUGAAGUAAUAGUAGUACUCACAGGGAUUACAAAAAAGCAGUGUAAAUAGGGGUGGACAAAAACAACUCUGGAAACAGUAUUACAUAUACAACUAUAAAUAUAUUUUAAUGCUUAUACUGUUUGUUGCGUUUUCCAGUGUUUGUGAUGCAAAACAAUAUGUCAUGUGAUUCAGCAACAUUUAAAUAGUCUGUGUACAUAUUCUUGCAGAUAUUGUCUGGACAACAAUGUAUAUUGUUAGUAAGACAAAAUCCCUGUACACUGUCUGUUUUCAAAUCCCAUGUGCUGGUGAUGCAGAUAUAUCAGACUUCAAAAGUAAAGGUCAUUGCACACACUGGUAUAAUAUUAGGGAUUGUAUAUUUAGAUUCAAUGAAUGGUACAUUUUGCGGUCAGCUUCGCUCUGUGGUGAUCUUUUCUUUUGAAUAAUAUAAAAUGUGUUAUUCUAAGUGUACCCUUCUUUCUUUUGCGUAAAAAACAUGCAGAAAAUCCAUGGUAAACAACCUGAAAUGAGCUAGUCAUCAGGUACAAUUGAUUAAAUGUAUUCUUAGUAUGUCAGCUGUUUAUAUAACUGUUUAUAUAAUAAAAACUAUACAGAUAGUUAGGAACAAAAUUACUCAUA